UUGUGGAUAUUUAUCUGUGUUCCUUGUCAGCUCGGUGCAAGAACCUCUGUGCUGAAGUGCACAUGCAUGCACAGGAGCCAAAGAGCAGAGAGCAGAAACAACACACUUCUGCACAUCAGCACUGACUCAAAGCCAUGGAAAUGGUCUGACUGGGGAGGCAGCAGAGGCUGAAGACACACCAGAGGAGGCCAACUCACUUUUGAAGGCCAACAAAACAGGCAGAAGGCAAGAAGAGUAAAAAAUAAGUGCAGCAGGCCUCAACCGGCAGCCUCAUGGCCACCAACAACACUGCUAGCAUUGCUCAGGCUCGCAAACUGGUGGAGCAGCUCAAGAUGGAGGCCAAUAUUGACAGGAUAAAGGUCUCCAAAGCAGCAGCAGAUCUGACAUCGUACUGCGAAGCCCACGCUAAAGAGGAUCCCCUGCUCUCCCCCGUGCCUGCGUCCGAGAACCCCUUCAGGGAGAAGAAGUUCUUCUGUGCCAUCCUGUAACCAGCGCUGCCCAGCCAUGGACUCGCCUGCUCCCUCUGGGAUACACUCAUGGACAUAAAACAUGAUCUUUUACAAGGGCUGGAGAGAUGCAGUGGAGAACCCUUAAAUUCUCUCAGCUCUCUACGAGCCCCAAUUAAAGCCACUGACUCCACCUAGUGGCCUUGAGAUCCAAAGCUGAGCAUAGUUACAAGAAUCUGUUGAAAUUCGGGAGGGAGUGCAGCAAAAAACAGGAGUGACUGUCAUUGUAGCAGAUCAGCCAGAAUGUGUUGUGAAAAUAUUCAAGUAUUCAAAGGUUUCUGUGGUUCUGAUGAAGUAUUCAAAUAUUUUUCUUUAUUGAUUUUUAGUGGGCUGUGAUCUGAUCACUGAUCUUAGAACCAAUGGGUUACUCAAGUUGCUGUGUUAUUUCUUUAUUUUCUUUUUAAUGAUCUUGUUUUGCUAUAUGCCUACCAUUUAGGUAGCUUUCUGUAGCCAUUUGUGGGUACAACAAAAAAUGUUUCUUUUUUAAUUUAAUGAAUGACAGUUUAGUGAACUUUUCUAAUGAAUUCACGCUUGGACAAAUAUUCCUAAAAUGAAAUACUUAUCUUUUAGAUGCUGAUAAAAAUAUUCGUCUGUACAGCAAACAAAGUUUCUUUCUUUUUUUGGUCUUAAGCAUAGUUCUCUUUUUACUCUUUGUACAAAAAUGUUAGCAAGUUGAGCUGUGUUGUGCUAUAUGUUUUGAAUAUUUGUGGUGAAAUCAAUAAUAACUGCAUGAAGCCUGACAAA